GCCGAGAAAACUCAGGAAAGGACAAUAAACAAGGGAACUUUCAAGUUUGGAACUUUUCUUGUUUUUUCAUCUGGGUUUUCUCCGUACAACCGAAACGGUGUUUCUUUUUUUGGUGUUAGGUGGAGUGUUUGAGUUGUGAUUGUGUUGAUGAUUGAUUUGGGUUGUUGGGACUUGGGGUUUGUGUCUUGGAAGUUCCGAAAAUAUCGUUUUGUUUGAGUUCCAGAAAAUGGGAAAAGUACCCUUGAAAAAAAACGAUACGCAGCUGAUUCGAGUUUUGUUUCCCUUGUAUCUUCUGCCACGAUGUCAAGUUUGGAAGAGCCGCUUGGUCUUGACAAGUUGGCGAGCCUGAGUACCAUUGAUCUCCAGAGGUUCUCCUCUAAUGCUUGCAGGCCCAGAGCAGAGGAUAUGGGGAUGGGAAGCUGCUGGAUUGACGGGAGGACUUGUAACUCAUCCAAUAAUUGCAAUGAAGAUUAUGAAGGCUAUACAAGAGACGCAUUCCAAUGGAAAAGACAAACAAGAGAAACAUCACAAGGAGACUCCUUGAAACGAAGGACUUCAAGCCAGGGCAGGAGUUGCAUGGUGUAUGGAAGCAGUUGUGAUUCAUGGUACUCUUCAGAUCACCAAUAUGGCUUCCAAUGCAAUAACAAAGGUGUAAGGGGCAUGGCAAAUAAGUUUUUAGGAGGUAUACCAAAGUUUGUGAAGAUAGUGGAAGUUGGUCCAAGAGAUGGAUUGCAAAAUGAGAAGAAUAUUGUACCUACAGCUGUAAAAGUGGAACUAAUCCAUAGGCUAGUUUCUUGUGGAUUGCCUGUUGUUGAGGCUACAAGUUUUGUGUCGCCAAAAUGGGUACCUCAGUUAGCAGAUGCAAAGGAUGUAAUGGAAGCAGUUCGGAAUUUGGAGGGUGCUAGAUUACCUGUGCUGACACCUAAUUUAAAAGGAUUUGAAGCAGCUAUUGCAGCUGGUGCUAAGGAAGUUGCCAUCUUUGCUUCAGCUUCUGAGUCCUUUUCAAAGUCAAACAUCAAUUGUAGUAUUGAAGAGAGUCUCACUCGCUAUCGUGCUGUUGCCCUUGCUGCUAAAAAACUCUCAAUUCCUGUCCGUGGGUAUGUGUCAUGUGUCAUUGGGUGUCCGGUGGAAGGAGCUAUUUCUCCCUCAAAAGUUGCAUAUGUGGCCAAAGAACUUUAUGAUAUGGGUUGCUUUGAAAUCUCCCUUGGUGAUACAAUUGGGGUUGCUACGCCUGGCGCCAUUGUUCCUAUGCUUGAAGCUGUAAUGGCUGUUGUUCCUGUUGAGAAGCUUGCUGUCCACUUCCAUGACACUUAUGGGCAGUCUCUUCCAAAUAUUUUACUAUCGCUCCAGAUGGGGAUUAGCACCAUAGAUUCCUCUGUUGCUGGUCUUGGAGGAUGCCCAUAUGCCAAGGGAGCUUCAGGGAACGUGGCCACCGAGGAUGUUGUUUACAUGCUUAAUGGCCUUGGCGUGAAAACCAACGUCGAUCUGGGAAAGCUCAUGUUAGUUGGUGAUUUCAUCAGCAACCGUUUGGGCCGCCCUUCUGGUUCCAAGACAGCCAUAGCGUUGAGCCGCGUGAAUGUUGAUGCCUCUAAGAUUUAGGGACAUUGAAGGCAUAUGAUCUAUUCUAUGUACUUCCAAGCUUGGAAGAGGAUGAUAUGAUUGUCACAUGUCGUUUCUAAUCUGUAUGUUGCAUUAUAUAUCUAUGUAUGUAUACCUAUAUAUAGGAAUAAAACAAACAGAGAGCCAUUGUUGGCGUAACCAUUACUUUUGGAAGCAAAGAUGCAAUGGGUGUGUUGAGAUAUGUGUGUAAGUCUCAAUCUGAAAAUAGAAGCUGCCAAUUGCAGUGAAUAGAGAAAGUGUAGGAUGUUGGAGUAGUUGUAAGGGGGGUAGGCCAUGAUUCCUGUAAUGGGUUUUGUCCUAAUAAAAUAAGGUUGAGGACCAGGUGGGGUUCAAAUUAAUAAACAAGUAUUCCACUGUUUCGGGGAUCUGUCUCUCAAGAGAUGAUCAAUUACA